UGUGAAAAGGCACGUCAACAUGUGUUAGUUCAUGCAUAAGUAACAACAAAUGCACUGAUGUUUCACCGGCGAAGCGUUGUUCUAAUAUCAAUACUACGUGUCUAAAAAUACAAUACCGGCGGGGUUACACUUUGCUACUAUUGUACUUGUUGUUGUACUUGUGGUUCUGAGUCAAAGCAUCAUCGUUUUCAUUAGUUUUUCUUGAUGCUGCUUUGAUGCUGAUGUGCUGUAACCAAAACAUCUAUUUCUAAUCCUUAAAGAAUGGAGAGAGAGGACCAAAAUGUAGAUACUUCACGACAGUUUUUGAAUAUCACAUUUCUACCUAAAACUUCUUUCUUGUGGUCCCAACGUGGUCCCAACAUGUGCAGACAAGGACGUGGGCAGUUCUUCUUUUUUUUUAUGGAGUGAGGCCUCUUCUCGUUGCACCAUCUUCAGGCCCCUGUUGUCUUCAGAGGGGCCCUUUGGUGGAAGUGGGCUGCGUACAAGGUCCAACAACACAGUUGGGCUUUGGGCAUUUCAGCACUGGAAUGAGCAAAAUGUGAUCUGAAUCUCAUCUGCCUGCAUCCACACGGUGCACAUUCCUGCCCCAAAGGCACUGUAACACUUUAGACCAGCUGUAUCUAAUAACGAAGCCAUGUCUUAUUACCCUGCUGCUUGACCAUCAACACUGCAACACCAGAAGCCCCUCACAACAGAUGCGUGUGACCUCGACGCCCCAUAACCAGCCAUGAAGCGUGAGCAGUGACGUGAGCCUUUCACUGUUUCACUAUGUAAAAACAAGGCCAGUGACAACUGUUGAAGUGCCAAAACGCCUGAUUCCACAUGCGCUCCUGAUGCUCCUCGCAGCGGCUGCAGGGGGGGCUGGUGGACCACAUGGUGAGCUGUGGUCCAAGACGCAAGUUGGCUGAGGGCAAGAUUUUGUAGUUAAUACAUUCUACUGUCCAUGAAUGAAUGACUAUUGUUUGGGUUGUUUAGUUUUACAGUGUUCAAUCUCAUUAUGAUCUCGUGAAAAAAAAAAACAACAAUAAGAAAAUGUGUCAACAACACGCAGUCUUUAGAUUAAAACGAACAGAAGAAAAAAAGUACAAUUAUAACAGAGUGAGAAUAAACUGAAAACAAGUUUAAAAAAUUGAAAUAAAAUAAAAACAUGAUCAGUUGUUUUACAUAACAUGUAGAUUGCAGUAGACACGCACUGCCGGAUGAGACUGAUCCCAGGUCUGCUCACGCGGACGUGCGCCGCAUACGGCUGUAGACGCCGCUGCGUGCGAGCCAGCGGUGGACGGACCCGCUCCGCGAGCCUCCGACCCCCGCCCGGCUCCCUCCAACACACCUGCCUCCUGAGGCUGGAUGUUCAUUCACAUCGAUCGCUGAGGCGGCGGAUGCGUAAUUACGCGGUGCGUCCGCGCGGCACCGUCUGCGUUUAGUGGAGCGGGAGACCUCCGCCAUCGGUCGGGGGACUGAGAUGAGCUCCGAGAGCCCAACGAGACGGUGUUUAAAGCUCAACCGGGCUGCCUCGACCCAGCAGAAGCGGCGCCGACUGACAGGGACGGUCUUUUGUACCGGACACGUGUGAGAUGAAGGACAAGAAGAGAAAGAAAAGAUACAGAUGCUUUUAUUUUGUUUGUUGAUCGCAGAACAAACCGGGAUGGAUGCCAGCCGAUGUUGAACGGAUGCUUCUGAGUGGAAUUUAUUCCUGAGUUUUAUUGUUUUUCUUUUCUUCCGUUAAAGGGCUUUACGGAUCGAGAUCGGGUUUUUUGGGGGGGGGGGGGGAUUGUGUCGCUUCCCGCCUCGGCAGGAGGGGCUUCCUACCACGCGAUGAUGGAUUGACGCGGGGGAUCCGCGCCGCACAGAUGGCGAACGCGAGCGCGUUCGGGGAGAGCAGCCCGUCCUCCCACGGCUACGCGUCCGCGGCCUCUGCGGUCAAGCUCGCCUGCCUGGGUCUGAUCACCGGCGUCAGCCUGCUGGGCAACGCGGCGCUGUCGCUGCUGCUGCUGAAGGACAGCGCGCUGCACAAGGCCCCCUACUUCUUCCUCCUGGACCUUUGCCUGGCCGACGUGGUGCGCUCCGCGGUCUGCUUCCCCUUCGUGAUGGCGGCGAUCGGCGGCGGCGGCUGGCCGUACAGCGCGCUCUGCUGCAAGAUCGUCGCCUUCAUGUCGGUGCUCUUCUGCUUCCACGCCGCCUUCCUGCUCUUCUGCGUCAGCGUCACCCGCUACAUGGCGGUCGCCCACCACCGCUUCUACUACAAGCGGAUGAGCCGGUGCACGUGCGCGGCGGUGAUCUGCAUGGCGUGGACCCUCUCCGUGGCCAUGGCUUCUCCGCCGGUGUUCGACGUGGGCACCUACGAGUUCAUCCGCGAGGAGGAGCAGUGCACCUUCGAGCACCGCUACGUGAAGGCCAACGACACGCUGGGCUUCCUGCUGAUGCUGGCCGUGGUCGUGGGGACGACCCACGUGGUGUACGUCAAGACGCUGUGCUUCGUCUACGACCACCGCAAGAUGAAGCCGGCUCAACUGGUCCCGGCCAUCAGCCAGAACUGGACCUUCCACGGGCCCGGGGCCACCGGGCAGGCCGCCGCCAACUGGAUCGCCGGCUUCGGCCGCGGGCCCACCCCGCCGACGCUGGUGGGCAUCAGGCAGGCGUCGCACCCCGGCAACAGGAGGCUGCUGGUGCUGGACGAGUUCAAGAUGGAGAAGCGCAUCGGGAAGAUGUACUACAUGAUCACGCUGACGUUCCUCGUCCUGUGGGCUCCUUACAUAAGCGCCUGCUACCUGCGGAUAUUUGUGCGGGGAGCUCCGGUCCCGCAGCUCUACCUGAGCGCGGCGGUGUGGAUGAGCUUCGCUCAGGCGGGGGCGAACCCCAUCAUCAGCUUCCUGUUCAACAAGGAGCUCCGGGUGCGCCUCAGAGCCCGUUUCCCCAGCUGCCGGGGGACGCUGACGCCCACGGAGCCGUACUGCGUCAUCUGACCCGGACACACCGGAGACGCUCGCAUCUCGUCUCAGAAUGUUCGAAAAUGGACCAAAAUGCAAUGACCAGCUGUCACUAAAUUGGGCGAAUCCAAGGAGAAAUGUAGUUGGUAAAUAUGUAUGUAAUAAAAAAAUCCAUCCAUGUUGCGUAUGGGAUGUAAUUGUAUACAAUGACAUGCUAAUUGUCACACGUUUUAACAGGAGAAGCCGCGUACACGAAGUAGAGCAACACACGCACACGACGCACACCGGUGUUACCCAAACAGAAUAUUAAGCUAGAGGUGUGAUGUGACUAAUGUUAUGACACCAUUAGUCACAUCACACCUCUAACUAACACCUCGGGGUCUGUGGUGGUUUAUUGUCUCGAGUGUCUGGAGGAGAUGCUGAGUGACACGUCUCGCUCUGGAUGAGAUGAAGGAAGGAAAAGCAAUGAAGAGGAACACAAGUGAUUUCAUGUGACAGACAUGGAUGAAAGUCCUCCUCUGUUUUAUGGCUGCAUGUUCCUCUCAGCGACCGGAGGGCUGUUGUGACAGGGAGGCUGUUUUAUGAGCUACGAUUUAUGCUCAUAGCUCUCUAAAACAUUUUGGAAAUAUCUCAAAGAACUGUGUAAAAUAAUACACAUUUACUUUAAGCAUGUAAAUACACAUACACAUAGAUGGGAGGGCACGUAUUAUUUACAUAGUAGACCAUUGUACUUUUAGAAAAUAAUUCAGAAUUAAAGAAGAAAUAAAGAAAUAAAAAUAUAUUAAUGUUCAAAAUAUUAUGAUGAUGAUGAUUCAUUUUCACUACAGUGCAUUUGUCCUAAGCUAAAGGUUUUCAUUAUUUAACAUAAUCAUUAUUUAAAGUAAUUUGCCAAUUUAUCAUCAGAGGAAAAGUGUUAAGCACGAUCUUAUUUUUUACAGGAAUAUUGGACCGGUUUCUUUUUGUGCUGCGACGUGUGAAGCAGAAAAUGACUGCAGUUGUAAUGACGGCUGAAGAUCCGCGGGACACCAACAGCAGGGUGAAGAAGAGGAGGACGAAGGACCUCAUGGUGCCGAGCUGUCUCUGCGCUGUCCUCCAGGGAGAAGACUGAGGAUGCUGAAGAUGUGGGACUUUGCUGCGCGUGCACACGUUACCGACCGCGGAGACGAGUGGCCUUCCAACUCGUGCGAGAAGGCUGGCAGAGGUUUUAUAAAGCCAGCCCGCCAUUCAGACGCCCCGUGACGCCAGCAGCACCUCGCGGGGGCUGCAGAAAAAAGACCCCACAAAGGCCGAGGGGAACAGUGAAGCGCCAGUGAGCUCGCACGCCUCUUGUUUUAUGCUUUAUGGGGAACGAUGGCAUUGUUUCUGUUUGUUAGAUUCAAGGCCACACAUUUCGAAGCCUCCUCUCAAGCCCACUGAAUCUUUUUGUCCCUCACGAAUGUUCACUGGUUAAAAGAAAUAAACCACAGGCCACUGAG